AUGAAGAUCCAGAACGGUUGUAGUGUGAGAUUCUGGACAGAUUUGUGGCACCCUAAGGGCCGACUGAUUGACCUAGCGGGUGAAAUAGGGACUCAGAAACUGGGUAUUGGAAGGAGUGCUAGGAUCUGUGACGUGUUCGUAGAUGGUGAGUGGAGAUUUCGUAGAUGUCGUGACCAUUUCCUUCAAGAUCUUGUUCAUGACAUUCGAGAGCUCCCACUAAUUUUGACUGCAAACGUGUCUGACGGGGUGUUAUGGAGAGAUGGAGACGACACCUAUAGCAGCAGGUUUAACUCCAAGAACACUUGGGGUAAUAUUAGAAAGAAGAAGGAUCAAGUAAUGUGGAGUAGGCUGAUUUGGUUUCAGCAAGGAGUGCCGAGAUUUGCUUUCAUCACGUGGUUGGCUGUAAGAGACAGGCUAUCAACUGGACAUCGCACUGCGCAGUGGGGCCAAGCACAAUAUUGUCUCUACUGUGGGGAGCCAGACGAAACCCGAGAUCAUCUAUUCUUUGCUUGUCCGUACACAUUCACACUUUGGCUCAAAGUUGCAGGAAACUUAUUUGGCAAGGACCCAGAUCCUGAUUGGGAUACUACCAUCACGAGGCUCUUGACAGGUCACUAUGAUCGGCUUACAUUUAUUCUGCUCAGACUUGUGCUGCAGGUUACUAUCUACUACAUUUGGAGAGAACGGAAUGAGAGACUCCACAACAAUGUUUCAAAGCCGGUUGAGCACAUUGCUAGAUUGGUGGACAAGACAAUUCGUAACCGCAUCAUGUCUACGCGUUAUUACUUAAGGCCAAGGUUGCAAGGGAGGAGGACGAUUGCUGCUGAGUUAGUGAGGAGAGCUACAUUGUUUUAUGCUGAGUUCAAGAGUUUCAAGGACGCUCAAGACUACGUGGGUGACUUCCGCGAAAUCCGCGGUUCGGUUGGUACCCUUUGGAAGUCGCAGAACGCUGAUUUCUAUUUUCUCUCCGAGGUUGCUGAGAUGCCGGGCCUCAUGGAUGGGUGCGCCCAGGCCGAGUCGAUGGUUCCUCCAAUCGAGGGGAGAGUCCGAGAGCUUUGGGAACCCAUCGAGGUUUCGUAA